CUGAAGUAUGCCUACUGCAGAUUUGAGCGACUAAACUGUCUCCUUCGAAAGUCGGGAAAACCAGAAAUUCUGUUACAACAUUAUGGAAAGUGUCGUCAAGAGAUUGUAGCAACAGUUUUACCAGAAGAUUUGGCUGACACUACGGAAGGGAGCGGUUUGGCCACUAAAAAGGAGAUAGCAAUUGAAAAUGACAGCAAAGAGAUUCAACCCAGCAGUGACGCGAAGCUUCAACAGGGAACGCAAGAUAGACGAGCUGUCAAAGCGCGAGCGAUACCAUCUUUGUUUUUGGAUGAUGUUGACAUCUUAGCCCACUCUGAGCGCUUAGACCAAUCCGAAACGUUUAUAAAUUCAUUUGAAAGGGAUUUACCUGUAGUGCCAAGCAGUAACGGUGAUGUCAUCUAUCCAGCUACUAUCAAUGAUGACGUAUUGUCUAAACUCAGGCUGCCAUCAAUCACUGAGGCUUCUGAAGAGGCCGAACCAAAAUCUGCAGACAUUACAAUUCCACCCGCGAUUUCAGUUUCCGCAAUUCUGCAGCCGUUCGACUUGACACAACCAUGUUCAGCGGCUGAAUGUGACAAGACAAGAAAUCCUGUAUGCGAUUCGAACAACCGGACACAUAAAAACAUGUGUUUGUUCAAGUUCUUCGCUUGCAAGGUCCAUCGCCUUGACGGUACGGUCAUCGAGCUCUCUCACAUGGGCGAAUGCACAGCUGAUGCGAAAACGCCAGAUUCAACCUGCCCUCCAUGUCCAGUCUCCACAUCUGAUACCCUUGUUUGCGACAAUCUAAACAAGACCCACGACUCACUCUGCGCUUUUGCUCGUUUUAACUGUAUGCAAAGGGUACUCAAAGAGGAUGAGCGAGUUCUUAUUCAUAUCGGACGCUGUCAUAAUAGAAGUCUUGGCUUCACCCUAAAGGACGAAAAGUGCCCAGUGAAGUGCUCUAGCGAACAGCAUCCAGUGUGCGAUACACAGGGAAAUACACAUAUGAAUCUUUGUCAAUUUCAAAAGACGAAUUGCUUAUUGAGAAAGAAAGGUCGCCCCGCUCCAAUGCUUUUUGAGCUAAAGUCUUGCUCCGACUUCGUCAAUGCAUCCAACUCACUGCGACAUAGCGGCGAGAUAAUUCCAAAGGAAAGCGUUCCACCUUUGACUUCCACAGAAAUUUCGGAAAAAGGACAGGCAGAUGCAGCAAACACUACACAGAGAGCAACGUUUGACUGCCCUCAGCCAUCCUGUGGUUCAGAAGGUCUGCCAGUUUGUGACAGUCAAGGAAUAAUGCAUGAGAAUGUCUGCAUGUUUCUACAUGCUCGAUGCUUAGCAGCCAAAGAAGGCAUAAAUCUAUCUACCCAGCCCGAAGAGAACUGUUUGAAAAUCAUGUGUGACAAGGAUUGUCCAAAAGAGGAGAAACCAGUUUGCGGAAGCAACUUUGUCACCUACAAAAAUCUCUGUCAUUUUAAUAAACAACGAUGCAAGGAUGACUCGAUGUCCUUAUUGUUCUACGGAAAAUGCGAGGAAUGCUUACCUACACCAUGCCCUCCCAUACAAGAAGAUGCUCCAGAUGAGGUCUUUGUUUGCGAUGAAGAAGGAUUCACUCGAACUAUCUGUGAAUAUCAGAUGCUUAGUUGCAUUGUGGAACGAAGUCUUGGAGUGAACAUAAGUAUCCAGCACGGACAAUGCUGUAACAGACGCUGUGAAGAGACGCAUGCACCAGUUUGCGAUGGCACUAAAACCUACGAAAAUAUGUGCAAAUUCAAGAUAGCCCAGUGCGAGGCAGAACGAAAAGGAGAAGUUUUGACCUUGGCCUAUGCUGGAGAAUGUUGUACACUGCCAAAAGGAAAGUGCGAGAGAAGUGGAAGUGUCUGCGAUUCCGACGGUCAAACUCACAUUGACGUGUGCCACUUCCAACAGAAACGUUGCGUGAUGAACAAAUCUAUCAAGAAAUCCCUCACAGUUGUCCACUCUGGAGAAUGUUGCACUAUCGAGGCUUGUCAUAAGGGGGAUUCAGCUCCGGUAUGUGACACGCACGGCGGCACUCAUGCAACCAAAUGUCACUUUCAAAAUACAAAAUGCAUUCACGAUAAAAUGCAUCCGGAUAAUCCGAUCAAUCUGGAUUAUACCGGAAUCGAUGUGAGUUCAAAUACAAAGCCUGCGAAAGGAGAAAAAGGGUAA